UAAAAACUGUCUUUAUUCCAAUGGAGUUUUUUGGUUUUUUUCUUCUUAAAGAGAGAGAAAAAAAAAAAAAAAAUUACCGCUGACACUUAACAAGAACCCUCGUAGGAUGGACAAGUCUUCGUAUUGCGCUGUGCAGAUCUCCCAGGAAAUUGUGAUAGUAUUAUGGCACGUUGGCCUAAGAUGUUAAAGAGACGACGUAAUGAACAGCUGGGGAUUUCUAAAGCACAACUGUGUGACACAGGAAACCCAAGUGAUGGCUACCCUCACCGACGGCAGCUGCCGGGCUCCGGUUUGCUACAGCAAACCCUCACCCCUCGCCUUCAACCAGGCUGGUGUCGUCAGCUGUCGCAGUCUCAGCCGCUGCCCGCGCUUUCCGCCCCCGCGCGCCCGCCAAGGCCGAGGCGGCCCCGACCGGAGGCGCGCGCCCCCGGUGCAUGUGACGGGGUGGGAGGGAGAGUUUUCUUCCUCCUCCGUCCCCAAGCCCCGCCUUCUCCAGAGAGGCUGCGGCUUCCUAUUGUGCCACCACCGAAAUGACCGCCGUAGCACCCAAUCACGACGUGACUCAUGAAGUAAGACCCGCCCCUCACUGAUCCUCAGGUUCCUUCCCGCUCACACCGGAGUCACUUCCGAAGAGAGAAGCGCCAUGAAGAUAGAAGGGGGUGCCGCCCACCUCUGCUCCGACAGCCUCCCCAGGUCCCAGCAGCAAGACGGCAACCACGCACCCAACUUCUCCAGCUACGGCUCAUGCCGCCGUCGCCAGCGGCGCCGACAUGACAAGGCGCUGCAUGCUCGCUAGGCCAGGUUUCCCCUCAUCCCCAGCCCCGGGGUCGUCGCCCCCGCGCUGCCAUCUGAGACCCGGUAGUACCACCCCUGCUGCAGCGGGAAAGAGAACAGAGAGUCCUGGGGACAGGUACCGUGCAGAGGGCUUGAGAAGGGGCCGGAUCGCGGGGGCAAGGGUAGGAGGGGAGGACUGCAGACCGCCGCUCUUCCAGUUCCCGCCAUCCUUCGCGAGUUCAGGCGUUGGCGUUUCGGGGCCUGGCAAACCCCCGCCCCGCCCCGCCUCCGCGCAGGGGCUUCUGGUUGUUGGAGUUUGCUUCUCUGUAGUUGGGCAGCUGCUCUUGGUCUAGUGAUCACCAGCCUGGACGGCUACGGAGAACCCGCCUUAAGGUAGAAUGAAUGUGAUUUUUUUCCUUUGCGAGUGUUCGACCCGGGACCCUAACUGCUUAAUGCAUAUUUAGGUCGUUUUCUGUACGUUGUCAGUUCU